CAAAAAAACAUUUUCUUGACAUUAUUAUUCCUUAAACAAACAGGGGUUUACCUCCAUUGCUCCUCCUCUUUUGUCCCCUUUUUUCUACUCCAAUUUCAAAUUUCCCCACCAUUCAGAUCUACUCUUCUUCUUCCUUCUUCACUCCCAUCUCUGCUAACUGCGAACUUUUCUCUCUCAUCCGACUUUGAUUAGAGUGUACUCUCUCUCACUCUCUCUGCGUUUGUUCGUGUUCUUCUUUCACAGAGAUUAUCAACUAAUCCGGGUACUCUAAAUAUGAGUGAAUAUGCGUUUGCGAAUCUGGAGAACUUGGACCACUGCGCCAAGUAUUUGAACAACACCCUCGUCACAUUCGGCUUCCCUGCUUCUCUCGAUCUCUUUGCUAAUGAUCCCGUUUCGGUAGCUAGGACUUGCAAUUGUAUAUACGCAUUGUUGCAGCAGAGACAAAGGGAUGUUGAGUUCAGAGAGUCAGCCAAUGAGCAGAGGCAAAUACUGUUAUCAGACAUUUCGAGAUUGGAAGCCAAAGUCGAGAGGCUAGAAGCACAGUUAACCGGAAAAGACCGAGAAAUAGCUACAAUUACUCGAACGGAAGCUAAAGCUACGGCGGCAUUCAAAUCCCAGAUCGAUAAGUUGCAUCAGGAGCGAGACGAGUUUCAGAAGAUGGUUUUGGGUAAUCAGCAAGUGAGAACUCAACAGAUUCACGAGAUGAAGAAGAAAGAAAAGGACUAUAUAAAGUUGCAGGAGCGGCUUAAUCAAGUGCUAAUGGAGAGAAAGAAGGAAUCUAAAUCGGGAAUGGAAAUUAUGAAUUUACUACAGAAAGAAGGCCGCCAGCGUGGAACUUGGAACGGAAAAAAAACUGAUAACGACUUUUAUAAAAAGAUCGUGGACACUUAUGAAGUGAAAAAUCAAGAAUUGGUGGCUGAGAAUGCUAAUUUGAGGGCAUUACUACGUUCGAUGCAGGUUGAUAUGCGUGAAUUCCUUAAUGCUCCAAAUACGAAGCAGUCUUCUCCAGCCAAUGGCAAGUCAGAUGCUGACCAAUCGCAGUCUCCGUUGGGUGGGAGAACUGACAUGUUUGAUCUGCCUCUUCGCAUGGGUAGGGAUCAAAUCGAAGAAAGUCUUCGAACAAAGAUGACUUCGAUUAAGGAGCGCAUGGUUCAUCUUCAAGACGCGCAAAAGGAUGCGGAAGUUACUUCUGAGGUUACGGAGAGAGAACUUGAGCUCGAAGCUCAGCUUGUCGAAGCAAGAAGCAUUAUUCAAGAGCAGGCAUCUAUAAUGUCUAAAAAUAUUGCCAAUUCUGAGAGGCCAAGGAGAUUAAGUGGCCAUCUGAGUUCCGACAGGGACUAGAAUCAUCACCACUGUAAUAGGUACUGUUUAUUCCCCGCCAAAAAAAAAAAAAAAAAAAGAAGGUUCCACGACUACUGAGUAAAAGUCCAAAAUACCCCUAAGUUAUGUUUGUGACAGAUACUUAUAAUUAAUAUUAACUUAGAGGAUAUUCUUCUUGCUUGUCGUAUAGGGGCUUUCGAUAAUCGUACGGACCACCAUUUCUCGCCGGAGAUGUAUCUUUAUUUCGUUAGUGUUGUGUAUAUGUAAUUGCUUGUGCUUAACUUAUGGCAAGCUUUUUUAGACAUAGGUUUAGUAGAAGAGAUUUUUGUCUUUAAAUUAUUUAUCUAAUUCAGUUUAUGUAUUUUUAUGUACCAUAACUUAUGGUCAUGCUAUAUUAUUGUACUCCCAAGUUUUAUCUGUCUUCU